AUGGAAAACAAUAAAACAGAAAACGUGGUUACAGGUGUCAACCUUAUCCUGUUCUCUUAUUCGCUCUUCACUACCGUCGCCGGCUCCAUAGGAAAUACUUUUAUCAUCUAUGCAACAACAAGAAAAAACCAUGUAUUCCACAUGAACAGGACAAACAUGUGUUUCAUCAGGAAUCUAGCAAUUUCAGACCUGCUUUACAUAAUAGCAAGGGUGGUCCCAGUGAUGAUAACAAACUUGACGAUUGUUUGGAAGUUUGGCUAUAAAGUCUGCUUAAUAUCUGCAACAACAGCCUCGAUUGCUGCAAUCGCCAAUGUUAACUUGAUAGCAGCACUUACAGUCUACAGAUUGACAAUGCUCUCCUUUCCCCUCAGAAAUCUCCAACUUCUGCUUAAACAUUCAAAGGCACUUUGCUACGCACUAUGGUUGUAUUCAAGCAUACUUGGAUUCAGAAGUCUAUUUGUGGUAACAAAAGCAGUUUUUGUGAAGCAAAUCUCAACUUGCAUCUUAAACUAUAACUACAAUGGUGUGGAGAACAUCUUGUAUUCUACGAUGUUUCUUAUAACACCUUUUUCAAUAAUCAUACUGUGCAACAUUCUACUAGCCAUAAAAACAUUCAUCUACACAAGGAAUGUAAAAGCCAACAGUCAAAUAAGAAUAACGAAGAUUGGGAUGAAAACAAUGUUGGAAAAGCGACGAAGACAAGCAACAAUCACAGUUGGAAGUUUGUCACUUCUGUUGAUAAUGUCUUGGUUGCCAGGAUUUAUCAAAAGGUUUGGGGGCAUGAAGGGCUCCCAUCCAGGACUAUCACAAGCUACAAUUUAUCUCUAUUUCCUUAAUUCAUUUGGAAACCCUAUUCUAUAUACCCUCUGUAGUCACGAUUUCAAAACGUUUGUGUUGAAGAAAAUCAAAUCUUGUAUGUGCAAAGCAGAACCUACAGUGCAGAUGACAAGAAAAAAGACUGGUGCGACCCAGGUAAAAAAUUUGAUGCCCCAAGUAACCAGAUGA